AUGAAGGACGAGGCGGUCGACGCGGCUGCGCAGGCGCCGCCCGCGUUCGUCGUCGGGCCCAGGGGCAGGGUGCUGCAGGACCGCAAGCUGGCGGUGGCGCGGCCUCCUCCUGGGCCUCGCUCCCCAACAGGGUACGCCGCGCCGCCCGGCCCUUCGUUCCCUCCGCCGCCGCCGCCGCCGGGGGACCAGGCAGCAGCUAGUAACAAUGCUCCCUCUUUCCUCUGUUCGUGCAGGGCGCUGCUGUGCUGGUCUCUGCCGCAGGACCUCGGCCGGUGCACGUGCGUCAUCGUCAGGGAGGCGGCCACCGGCGCCAGAGGCGUCGCGCUCUACUCCCUCUACACCAACGCGAUGUCAGAGCAAUCCGAGGUUAAUUUGUGUUUGUGGAAUGGCGCAGGAGGGGCAGGGCGGCAGGACCGCAAGCUGGCGGUGGCGCGGCACCGGAGGAGGAGGGGCAGGUCCGAGUUCAUCGUGACGCAGAACCAGGACGGCAACUUCUGCACCUCCGACAACAACUUCCUCGGCACGGUGGUUGCCAACCUGGUCGGAUCCAAGUACCAAAUCUGGGGCCAGGGGAGCCGAGCGGACGAGCUGAAGAACCAGUCGAAACGGCUUCUUGGCGUUGUCGCGUUUGCCCCCACCAUCACUACGCUCACCGGGAGUUUCAGAAGUAUGAGGGCAUGGAUCCCCAAGAACCAGUCCAUGCAGCUCAAGACCAACAAUUCUGCUCAGAUUCAGCAUGUCAGUGGGCUCCCAAAGGAUUGGCAGGAGAAGAAGAGCAGAGCUGACCAGUUGUACUCAAGAGCUCCGUUCUACAACCAUAUGACAAAGCGCUACGAACUGGACUUCAGAGAGAGGGCAGGAAGGAUGGGGUACAAGGUGCAAACAUCGGUCAAGAAUUUUCAGAUGCCUUUGGAGGAAAACGAGAGGCAGACAGUGUUGCAGCUUGGUAGGGUUGGGAAAUCCAAGUACAUAAUGGAUUUUAGAUACCCGCUGACCGGCUACCAAGCGUUCUGCAUUUGCCUGACAUCGAUCGACGCAAAGCUGUGCUGCACCCUGUGA